UAUCAUGCACGCUGGUGCCUGCCUGAGGUUGUAGGAGAGCAUUCACGAAAGAAGCUUAUGUCACUGACAGGAAGACUCCUAAGCGAGAAACUACAUUGAAGAAAACAGUUUAUAUUCUCCGACUUCCAGUAUUUCGGUAGAGCAGUUCUCCACCAGUCCACCUGUUCCCACCCUCAUUCGUCAGCCUCAUAUGCGGCUGGCAUCACUUAUCAGAAGAGGCGGCCAUCAGAGGAUCUCCCUUCCCGACGCUUAUCAUUAUUAUCUUAGCCGACUCUCUCCAGACAGGCAGUCCUUUUCCCCAGAGCAGCGUGAUGGCCAGGAUCGACACCACUACCCUCCGGUAUUCCUUUGUCUCUCCCCCGGAUAACGACACUUUCAUAGACGAUGAGAGCACGGUAAGGAACCCUGUCACUACUGCGGUGGGUGCACUGAUCCUCAGCUUGACGUUCCUCAUCGGUGUCCCCGGCAACGCCUUCAUCAUUUGGAGUAUCCUCGCCCGGGCCAGAAAACGCUCCAUCACCACCUUGCUCAUCCUCAACCUGGCUUUUGCCGACGGCUUCCUGAUGGCCCUCUCCAUCUUCUUCAUCGUCUACUUCGCCAAGCGCAACUGGGUGUUCGGGAACACCGCCUGCCAGCUGCUCUUCUACUUGUGCAACACCAACAUGUACGCCUCCAUCAUGCUUAUCAUGCUGAUGAGCCUACACAGGCUGAUGGCCGUGGUCUGGCCCCACCGCGAGAGCGCCUUCACCAGCCAGAGGAUCAUACGACGCCUGCUGCUAGGAUUUUGGAUCCUGGUGCUCGUCAUGGCAAUACCUGGCUAUGUUUUUAGAGGAGAGGAGCAGGCCAAAGAACCAACCGAGAGCCCGCGUCUUGAGUGCAAACCUAAACACUCGAACAGUCGGCAUCUGAUUUUCCACUACUUAUUCGAAACGGUGGUGGGCUUCGUGAUCCCUUACACCAUCGUAUUGGCCAGCUAUGUGUGUAUCCUGCGUAGCCUGAGGCAGACCAAGUUCCGCAGAAGGAUCCGGAGUGAGAAUCUCAUCUUGAUCAUCGUGGUGACCUUUUGCCUCUUCUGGCUGCCCUACCAUGUUUUAAACGUGGUUCAGGUUGUAACUGAAAUGUUUUGGCCAAAAAGCAGCUUUAAAGACACCAUCCAGGACUGUCGGGUCAUUACCGCCUCACUGGCCUUCAUCAGCAGCUCUGCCAACCCCGUACUCUACACCUUCGCCGGCAAGUCGUACAUCCAUAAAAAUGGACUGUCCUUUAUGGCGAAGCUCUUUGAGGGCACGGCAUUGGACUCCGAAAGCAGGAGGAAUCGGAAGAUUAGUCGGGAGCCCCGAGAUCUGGCUUUGAAUGAGAGGGAGGCUGAUUCGUCCUCCACCAGUGCCAGCAUCAGCACGGAGAAGAACAAGAUUUAACCCGAGGCUGGUAUACGUGGUUUCUGCCCAUGUGAUGCAGAUUCUGCUCACAUACACAUAGGCAAACACACAUACCUCACUCAUAUAUUCAUAUUCUCAUAUUCCAGCAUGGUGGAAAAGCUGGAUAAAAAAACAGUGCUUGCGAUCUUUUUUAAUUUUACGCCAUCGCCCUUCUCACAAGCAUUAACCCGAAUGCAUAUGUACUAGGGGUUUGAAGAUGCGUGGAUUCAUUGUAAUGAAUCGGAUAUUAAGGUUGUGCUUCAAUCUAUCUGUAAAGAUGAAUCGAUUUUGGUGGGAAAAUAAACAUAAAACAAACACUCUCGCGAUCGCGUGCUGCGGCUAGACUAGAGUGACCAGAUAAUCCAUGUCACCCGGGACACAUUUCCGAUGCGUCGAGUUAUUUCAUUAAUAAUCGGAAAUUAAUCAAAUCCCUUUGGGGGCAACGAUUUAUACCCCUGUAAUAUGCGCGUUUUAAGUUUUUGCUGUUCUUAUGUACAAAUACAGUUUAUGUCCACCAGGGGGUGACAAAAAUCAACAGCCUAGAGAGAGAAAAUGUUGCUGUUCUACGGUUUUAUCAUAUACAGGAGGUGGACAAAACAAUGGAAACAUCGUGAAAGAGGAUUUUAACCUUUAAAUAAAUCUCAUUUACAUAACAGUAGGUCGUCAUAGGUUCAAUGCUUAUUAGCAGCAUCUGUCAGGUAUGAAAGAGGUCUGACAAUUAACGCUUUGAUACGUGAGUUUUCAAAGCAACAUGAAGCAACAAGUAGAGUGCAAAGAAAAUUAAUAGUCUGCACCAGAAUUACAGGUGCAUUAGUCAAAAAAAACUCUUUUUUUUUUUUUAAAUACAAACUAAAAUAACGGAGAACUCCUGCCUUGUGGAACACCCCCAGGCGUAAUGAACACAAACAUGGACCCCUGAAUAAUGGAAUACUGAAAUAUGGUGGACUAACAUAUCAGGGGGCCCCAGGCUGACAUCAUUUAGCUAACCAGCCCUGUUUCCUGAGGCGGGCCGGAGUCUUGGCCAUAGCGUACGCAUUACUUCACUCUACUGGACAGGGUCACGUUUGGAGAAGGUCCAUCGCCUUGUCAAACGUGGCUGAGGAAGCGUUAUGUUAAAGGUCUCCAUUUUGUGGCCGUCAUUAGGUCCAACAAUCACUAUGAUUGCAUAAUGACUAAGGAAUAUGAAGGGUGCUUUACAGUGACCAGGUGUGCUGCCAACACUAUUCCCAUGUGAUGGAUCCAUACUCCAAGAGUAUAUCACACCCUAUACUCACUGCUAGACUAAUUCAGUCGUGGUUUCAUGAACAGUAGGCCAGAGUCUGGAUAAGAACACGGCGAUUGGUGCAGGCGAGAUUGUAGCUAUUGAAAAGAUCAGGGGCUUAAAUCAAGUUUACCUGAGGCUUGACUUAGUUCUUUUUCAAGAAAGACUGGUUAAAGUACUUGGGGCUCGACUUAAAAUACUCAGGGCUAUAGCAAUCGGACCUAAUGACUCUCAUGGUUAGCUGUUCAUUAUUUUGUCCUUCACAUCUACACGUAUAUGUAUGUAUGUAUUUGUUACACACACAUAUUUAUGUGUAAUUUAUUCUGAAUGGUAACAUCUUUUUGCGCAUAGUUGCAUUUUUGUUGGGUGUCACGUUGCACAUUUUGAAAUCAGCUGAUUUUUAAAAAUGUUUUUAAGUGAAAAUUGUCUUUGUGUGAUAAGACCCGACUCUGGGUGUGGAAAUCAAACUCAAAGGCUGUAGAUUUCAGUGUGGAUGGUGAGGACGUGUCCCUACCAAUAUGGAGGGAGCAAUGUGUGUAUUCGGGUGGGGGCGGGGGGGCUUUAGGGUUGAUUUGGUCUCCCCCAAUGUUGAAACACACCCUACACCGUUUCUCAAAGGAGUCUUGUUGGAGCUCCAUUUACUUUUUUUGAAUAAAUACAUAAAUAAGACUAAAAGCUCUGAACCAUAACAAAGACAAUCGCAAAGAUGCAGAGGAUUGAAGUGUGUGAGCAGUUGUGUGUACACAGGUUCAAACACCUACUUGUGAAACUCUACUUAUUUCCUUGUGCUAGUUAGAUGGACUCCUGAUCUGCUGUGAAACACUGGUGUCGUCUGUAAUGGAAAGCAAUGUGGUUUUAGCAGUGGCUCUACAUUCCUGUCAGGGGAGGGGCACUGAAAUGGGAGGGGCAUUUGUAGCAUCAAAAAGAAGGCUGCAUUUUCAUUCUAUUAUGCACAAAAAAUAAAAAACAUCAUAUUUUCUUAAA